AUGUCGCAUGUCAUCGCUCGAACACCCAGGAUGGCCCAGUGUGGGUAUCCCUCAGGGCUGCCUGUGGACAAGAACACCUCUUGGAGUGUCACUCGGGUGAUAGUGAAGGCACCAGGCAAGCAGGAAGACUUUAUGAUAGCCGAUGACACCUCGGUGAGGCAGUUCAAGGAGAAGCUAUCGGCUCACUUUAAAUGCCAAAUGGACCAGCUAGUGCUCGUCUUCAUGGGCCGCCUUCUCAAAGACCAUGACACUCUGAGCCAAAGCGGCAUCCUGGAUGGCCACACCAUCCACGUGGUCAUCAAGUCCAAAAAUGGCUCCAGAUCCCUAGCCCAUUCCUCCCAGAAACUGUCGACCAAUGAGCCCUACCACCGGGACCAAAACAGCAAAGGGACCAGCAGUGGGGUAUACCAACCUGCUGAUGUGAGUCACACCCCAGUGGAAUCAUCUCUCUCAGCAGAUGUUCCCAAGGCACAUACCCAGGACCUGGAAGUGGGGAGUCCAGAGUGCAUAGCACGAAUAUUGGAGAAUCCUAGCAUCCAGCAGCUUCUGUCCAACACGGACUUCAUGAGACAGUUCAUCUUGGAACACCCAGACAUGCAACAAUUGAUGCAGAAGAACCCAGCAGUCUCACACAUCCUCGACAACUCUGAGAUCCUAUGGCAGACCCUGGAGCUGGCCAGGAACCUUGCCGUGAUUCAAGAGAUAUUGCAGAUUGAGCAACCUGCACAGAAUCUUGAGCAUCCGCUGGACCCACAGUCACAUGUGGGCUUAGAGACAAUCCCAGGAUGGGACAACGCCCUGGGUCAGAACUCUGCUGACUUCAAUGACCAGAUGCUCAACAGCUCACAGGAUCCACUUGGGGGCAACCCUUUCACAGCUCUCCUGGGAGGACAAGUGCCAGAACAAGUCCAGUCCUCACCCCCAUCUCCACCACCACCCCAGGAAUGGCAGGAACAUCUUCCACAGCCCCCUACAGCCCGAGUCAUCUGUGCAAGUUCUCGUUGUGUAUCCUCAAUCAACUCAGACAAUGCUACCCCCAAUAAGGUGAACCACACUUCCAGGGCCAACACUGCUGCCACCUCCACCAGUGGCCGGAGUCAUACUUGUGCCGCUGAGCAGCCAGCUGGGGUACCAGCUUUAUCUGGCAUAGAGCUCAACCAGCAGCCCCAGGCAGAUGACAAAGAUGCCACCAUCUCUCCAGAUAGCUCUGACCAGAAAUUAGAGGACGAUCUCCAGCAGGUGGAUGAGCAGACCAGCUCCCAGGUCACAGGAAGCGUGAUGCAACUGCUUUUGAACAACCCUUCCCUGGCAGCCCAGGUGAUGUUGCUGAUGAGCGUGCCCCAGCUAAGUGGACAGUGA